UCUAUGCUGGGGCAAAACCAUACCACAGUGACUGAAUUUAUCCUCAUCGGAUUCUCGCCAUUCCCUCAACUUCAGCUGCCAUUCUUUGUGCUCUUUCUGCUGAUGUAUUUAUUCACACUUCUGGGCAACCUUCUCAUCAUGUUGGCUGUAUGGCAUGAACAAAGUCUUCACAAACCCAUGUAUUUCUUCCUGUGUACUCUUUCUAUCUCAGAAAUCUCUUACACAAUGGCAAUUAAUCCCCGUAUGUUUGCUGACCUGGUCUCCACUCACCACACCAUCUCCUUCUGGGAUUGUGCCAGCCAGACGUUUUUCACGUUUGCCUUUGGUCUCACUCACUGCUUCUUGCUCACUAUCAUGGGCUAUGAUCGCUACGUGGCCAUUUGCCAUCCCUUACACUACAAUGUGCUUAUGAACUCACAGGUUUGUGUUUGGCUGGUGGCCUUCUCAUGGCUAAGCGGUAUAGCCAUGGGGCUAGUGAUCACUCUUCCUAUUUUCAACUUGACCUUCUGUGGACCUAAUGAGAUCCAUUAUUUCUUUUGCAAUGUACCCCCGUUGGUGAAGCUAGCCUGUGGAGAUUCCUUAGCAGUGGCAAUAGGGAUUGAGCUGCUUUUCAUCAUUGUCUUAUUGGGUUGCUUUCUCCUUAUCCUUCUAUCUUAUGUCUUUAUUGUGGCCACCAUCUUGAAGAUUCCCUCAGCUGAGGGCCGACGCAAAGCCUUCUCCACCUGUGCCUCCCACAUUAUUGUGGUGAUUAUACACUAUACUUUUUCUUCUGUUGUACACUUCAAAUCAAAGGCCUUAGAAGCCCUGGAAGGAGAUACCCUGAUGGGCAUUUCCUACAGUGUUCUCACCCCCUUUCUGUGCCCCAUCAUCUUUAGCCUGAGAAAUAAGGAACUAAAGGAUGCUCUGAAGAAAGUGUUUCUCAAGAGCUUGUACCCCUCAAGACUUUAA